CCCUCUUAUCCGCCUCGAAGCGGCCCAUGCGGCGAGUGAAAUCGCUGGAGCCUGCCGCCGGGUGCAGCAGCUGCAAGACGAACGGAGCGACGCCGCCGACGCCACCCGCCACCUCCGUGCCCCGAGCCCCCGCCACAGCGCCCUCACCGCGCCGCAGAUUUGCCCGGGGCCCGCCCCGCCGGCCGCUCCUCCCACCGGCCCUCCCUAUCCCAUCCCACCAAACCGAACCCUAGCCGCCACCGACAAAGCCGGUGGGGAUGGGCGCCUCAUGGAUGGCAUGAGGGCGGCUCCUUCUGAUCCCAAUCUCCCGACUUUCUUCCGUUGGUGCCUUGGCGGCAUGGCCGCCGCCUUUGCCUCCGGCUCGGGCUCUGGCACCGCCUCCGCUCGGGAUGCGGAUGCGGCCGAUAGGGUAUCGCGACUGGGCAAGGAGGUGGAGGUCGAGUGCGGUGACAUCUCCGCCUCGCAGGAGGACCUCCUCGCCCGCGCCCCCUUCCUUGGCGGCGGCGGCGGCGGCGGGGAGGAGGAGGCAGAGGUGUUCAGCACCCCUCCUCUUACACAGGGCCAGCAGAGCCAACAGAGCCAGCAGGAUCAAGGGGUAGAAGAGGAGGAAGAUGCCAUCACCAUGUGCUCCCUCCCGUUCACCCAGCCUUCCCCUUCUUCCCCUUACAUUCCCUCUUCGGAGGACAAGGAGGACCAGGCGCUGUCCGUCUCCAAGCCCCGGAAGCCUAGGGUUUGCACGAGGAAGGUGAGGGGCGUCAGGAUCAGGACUCCAACACCGAGCCCGAGCCCCAGCCCUGACAAUCGCGGCACCAGCACCGGUAGCAUUGUUGACCCUCUCUACAGGGCCGUGCUUAUGAUCCCCACGACUCCUGCUCCACCCACCGCCGCCGAGGACCUCCUUGUGCUUGCUCGCAACUGCGGCAUCUUCUAAUCUGCCUACUUCACGUAUGUAUGGGACCACAUCAGGAUGUACGGAUUGAUGAACUGUUCAGA